CGACUGCUGCCGCUGCUGCCGCCAGGACUCACACAGAUGUUUGUGAUUUGUUUUGAGCUCAGAAAGAGAGGCAAGCAAGCGCGUGCAUGAGAGCGCGUGCACACGUGGACAGAAGUGGAGCCUGCUGUAAAAACUUGACCUGAUGAUGAAGCAUCGUGUCUCUGUGCUUCAUCAUCAUCACCUGUGACCCGUGUGUCCUCUCUAAGUACCUGCUCACCGGUCACACCUUUCACCCGCGUGCACGUGCUGUUUCACCCCCUCUGCUUGCACCUCUCGCGCAUCGGUCUGUGUGUGUGUGUGUGUGUGUGUGUGUGUGUUAAAUGUUAUAAAACCACAUGAAGUCCAGCAUGUAGUGUGACGUCACCACCACCCACACUGUGACUCUGUGACCUGCAGCCUCCCCGCACAGCCGCGCGUGAUGCUGAAUGGACCGACACUCCGUGACCACGACCCGAUGCGACUCGUCAACCCGCGGCACCUCCCGCAACUGAUGUCCCUGGAGGACCAUGAGCCCACCCUGCUGGAGGGGACCCUGGGGCCCCGCAACGCCACACCGGCAGGGGAGGAGGGGGCCCCGGGUCCGCAGCACCAGUCCUUCCCCUGGGUGGUGACCCUGCUGGCCGGAGUCCUCAUCACCACCAUCGUGGUGGAUGUUAUCGGGAACCUGCUGGUGAUCGUGUCCGUGUUCCGGAACCGGAAACUCAGGAAAGCAGGAAACGCCUUCGUGGUGAGUCUGGCUCUUGCUGACCUGGUAGUCGCCAUCUAUCCCUACCCGCUGGUCCUGACCGCCAUCUUCCACGACGGCUGGAUCGCCGGCUACAUUCACUGUCAGAUCAGUGGCUUCCUGAUGGGCCUCAGCGUCAUUGGCUCCAUCUUCAACAUCACGGGUAUCGCCAUCAACCGCUACUGCUACAUCUGCCACAGCCUUAAGUACGACAAACUCUUCUCCAACAGCAACACCAUGUGCUACGUUGUCAUCGUCUGGGCGCUCACCAUCCUCGCCAUCGUGCCAAACUGGUUUGUGGAGUCACUGCAGUACGACCCGCGGGUGUACUCCUGCACCUUCGCCCAGUCGGUCAGCUCAUUGUACACCAUCACGGUGGUGGUGGUGCACUUCAUCCUGCCCAUCGGCAUCGUCAGCUACUGCUACCUGCGGAUCUGGAUCCUCGUGAUCCAGGUGAGGCGGAGGGUCAAGCCGGACUCGCGGCCAAAGAUUAAGCCACAUGACCUUCGCAACUUCCUCACCAUGUUUGUGGUAUUUGUGCUCUUCGCCGUCUGCUGGGCGCCGCUGAAUCUGAUCGGCCUGGCCGUGGCGCUGGACUCCAGGCUGAGCCGGGCGAUACCGGAGUGGCUGUUCACGGCCAGCUACUUCAUGGCGUACUUCAACAGCUGCCUCAACGCCGUCGUCUACGGCGUCCUAAACCACAACUUCAGGAAGGAGUACAAGAGGAUCGUCCUGAUCAUCUUCAAGUUUCACUGCUGAGAUGGAACACUGUGGUGAAGGCUGGCGGCCAUUUUUAAUUUCUGAGGAAAUAAAAGGCUGAAAAAGACGAACUCGACCUCGACAGAGAGGAAAACUGUUGUAAUGAAAAACAAAUCAAGGUACU